AUGCAGCUUGUCGGCCCGCUGCCGCGUGACAUCUUCAGUGCGGCUGCGUUCGAUGGGCGCACUGCGGCGGGUGACGGCGCCGUGCGGGCGACUGACGCCCCGGUCGCCGAAGACGACUGUGCUCGGGAAGGCGAGAAACUGUGGGGUGCGGGGAAUCCGUUUCGGAGGCCUGUGAAGAUUGAGCGGGAGUGUGGCGCACACGGUGUGGAGGCCUUGCGCUACACAAAUGUGUGUUGCUUCUUUGAUCCUCGAAUGGGGGCACGCUUGUGUGGGGUUCUUGGCCCCAGCGAGUGCCUUUCGCGGUUACGGCGUGCCGCUCGCCUUCCUGAAGAGCUCCAGAAGCCGCGUGCC